UUUUCGUACGACAAUUGCUCCCCCCGAUACGUCAAAGGGGUCCGCGCCCUUCGCGUUCGAUCUGCGCCGUGGUUGCGUCCAAUUCGCGGAUCCCAGAUUCAAGUCAGUCGAUGGUGAUAGUUUUCGCCACCAUCGAGCGUGGCCAGACGAAUGCACCUUUAACCUCAUUCCCUCCCUAUUCGCUGCGGGCAGAAAGAAAACCAACGGAAAAAACACGGUUGACGUGUGUGACCAUCAUCAUUUUAUUUAUUCGCGGCGUCGGUCGUAGCGUCACUUUCUGCAAAUGGCCCUUUUCGUAAACCGUAGGUGAUGGCAGAUAAUGAGGAUUUGGGUCUAGGUUCUGAGGAUCAAUUGGACUCUCUGGACGACACGAACGGAAUCAACGACGACGCUUUGCUGAACGACACCGACGGCGAUGGCGCCGGUGGCGAUGAUCCAGAAUUAGAGGCGAUCAAAGCUCGCGUGCGGGAGAUGGAAGAGGAAGCCGAAAAGUUGAAACAAUUGCAAACCGAAGUUGAUAAACAAAUGAACAUGGGUAGCCCACCGGGUUUAACUAGUCCCUUGAAUAUGUCUUUCGAGGAGAAGAUGGAAGUGGACAACCGAAGUAUCUAUGUGGGAAACGUUGAUUACGGGGCAACAGCGGAGGAACUGGAGAACCACUUCCACGGUUGCGGCUCCAUCAAUCGCGUUACCAUCUUGUGCAACAAGUUCGAUGGACACCCGAAGGGAUUCGCCUACAUCGAGUUCGGUGAUAGGGACUCUGUUCUGACUGCGAUGGCGAUGGACGAUUCGUUGUUCCGCGGCAGACAAAUCAAGGUGAUGCCGAAACGGACAAACAGACCUGGUAUGUCCACGACGAACCGUCCUCCGCGCGGUCGCGGCACGUUCCGUGGAGCCAGAGGUACAAUGCGAGGUAUCUACCCCGGAUUCAGGCCUUUACGCCGACCAAGAAGUUAUGCUCGCAGGGGUGCCUAUUAUGCCCCUUACUGAUAGUUGGAGUGUUCCUGGAGCCGCCCUCCUCCUCCGCCCUCGUCCAUCUUCUACCCCCCGCACGAACCAUUGCCGCCGCCGCCGCAGCGAAAGCAGCAGCAGCAGCCGCCGCCGCCGCCUCAUCACCCAAAACAUCGUAGGAUCCACGCCAAGUCCAGCCGCUGUCAACUUCAGUCCAUUGCUCUGUGCUCGGGGAGGGUCUGCGCCAGUGCAGGUUUUUAUGCCUUUCACUGUUUAUUUUUUACACACAACUUCUCAUUAACUUUAAAGAAACAAAAAAACAAAAAAAGAGUAACAAUACUUCA